AUGCCUAACAAGGUCAAUGACAUGCAUUUCCAUCAAGAAGAAGAAGAUACUGGAGAGAUCAGGACAUCAUCCCCAAGAACACCGAAAGGGCAUUUCGUGGUUUACGUUGGUGCGAAGAAGAACUUGGAGAGAUUCGUUGUCCCUACAAGGUUUCUGAAGAGCCCUUCUUUCCAGAUGCUUCUAGAAAAGGCGGCGGAGGAGUUCGGUUACGCGGAGGCGUACAGGAACAAGAUCGUCUUGCCAUGUGAUGUCUCUACUUUCCGAAGCCUCGUCAUGUUUCAUGACAAGUGA